AUGUUGGAUAAUACACCAUGUUUUCCUGAUAUUGAACAAACACUCAUUCGUUAUUUUCCUAAAUUAAGGAAUAAAUUUUCCAUGUUGUUAAAAUAUCAUCCCAUAAUCGAUUGUGAACAUGGUCGCUAUUUAUUAUUAAAUAAUGCACCGGGUUCUCAGACUUCCGAUGGGACUGGAUCAAGAUUAUUGUGGUAUUUAGGUGUUCUCAAUAUAGCAUAUAAAUUCAAUUUAACCCUAGUACAUUUUGAGUGGACUGCUGGACAUAGUGAUGAGGAAAACAAUGACGAUAGAGAAAAAUAUUGGCAAUUUUUUCAUUGGCAAAUUCCAUCGUUAGCUUAUCACGCAUGCCCAAAAAAUUCAUCUAUUAAACGAAAUAUAUUUAAAUAUGAUUUAAUAUGGAAUCAAACAUUUGAUCAAAAACAUAUUGGCAAACAACCGUUUACAAUCAAAUCAUAUUUGAAAAAGAAAUUCGAUGAUUUCAUAGCUAAUCUUUCGCAAAGUAAUAUCGGUUUUACAUUUUAUUCUAGUCGAACUGCUACUAUCACAUCAUCAUUAAUGGAAAUAGGUGUCGUUUUUGAAAUUCGAUGGUGGUUACAACAUCGCAAACAGUACAACACUCGUACAGGUGUCUGGUCAGGUAUUCCGAUUUCGUCUAAUUAUCAACCAAUUGAUUAUUUUCCAUAUAUAAAAUCAAAUACAAUCAAAGCAAAUAGUAAUAUUAGUAGUGUUUUUUUUCAACGUGUUCAAUGUUCAACAAUUAAUGUACGUGAUGUUCUAUUGAUUGGAGUACAUAUACGUCUUAGUGAUGUUGUAAGACGAGAUAAUCAAGGUCGUAUACUAUCGAGUAAUCUACGUCGUUACAUAGCUAAUUCUGCUUAUACAUCAUUAUUAAUUUCUAUCAUCAAUGCAUUACCUAUUCAAAUGCGAAAUAAGUAUUUAAUUACAAUUUAUAGCGAAGGUGUCAUAGAUGAUUUUCAUGAUAUACUGAUGCAUUUAAGCAAAGUUUCGCCUGGUUCACGUUGUCAUGUUUCGUUUUUCUUAAACGGUCGAACAUCGGAAGCAUUUAAUCGUCUAGUACGUGAUGAUAUUUUGAUUGGUGGAUUGAGUACAUUUAGUCUUGCUUCGGGUAUAUUUAAUAGUCGACAAUUAAAAUUAGGACCAUAUCAUAACCAAGCAAGAGCACAUGGAAUGAGAAAUUAUUUACGUUUAAUUUUAGACAGAAACCAUACGAAAUUUCAAAUCACAAAAGAAAAAGAAAGACUAAUCAAACAAAGAAUAGAAUAUGUCUGGGAACAAAAACAAGCGCAACAAAAGACUCCGAUUCCAUUAUGGUUAGAUAAUUAUUCAUCGAAUUAUACAGAAGAAUUUAUGUUAAUUUAA